AUGUCUACUAAUCCUUUUGACCUUUUAGGUAACGACGUCGAAGACGACACCCAAGUUGCUUCCAUUCCAAAGGAACUCGUCAAGAAGUCCACUUCUUCUAAGAAGAAGGACGUUCCACCACCUUCUGCUGACAAGAAGCGUGCUUCCAAGAACGGCCGUCCAUCCCUCCCAGCUAACGAAGCUGCUGUCCGUGACAAGUCCGUUGGCCGUGGUGCUAACCGUGCCAGAUCCACCGACGCCCCAGCUGGUGCCAAGAAGGGUGGUAAGCCAAAGUCCACCGGUCCAAACGACCGUAAGUCCAGAACCGGUAAGACCGACUCCGCCAAGAAGUUGAAGCAAGCUGGUUGGACUGGUGAAGACGGUGAAAGAGAAUUGCAAACUGAAGAAGCCGCCGCCGAAGACGUUACCGAAGAAGUUGCCGCCGAAGAAGCCGCUGAAGAAGCUAAGGGUCCAGCCAAGAAGUCUUUGCAAGAAUACUUGGCCGAAAUUGAAGCCCAAAAGGAAGCCACUGCCUCUACUACUGCUUCUAGCAGAACCAUCGAAGCUUUGGUUGGUGAAAAGAUUGAAAAGAAGGAAGAAGUUUUCUUCAACUCUACCGUUGCCAAGAAGGAAAAGCAAAAGGCUAGAAAGGAAAAGCAAACCUUGGACAUCUCUGCUGUCUUCUCCGAUGAAUUGCCAUUCGAAAGAAGAAGCGGUGCUCCAAGAAGAGGUGGUGCCCGUGGUGGUGCUCGUGGUGGUAAGAAGUCUGCCGGCCGUAAGCCAGCUGCCGCUAAAGGUGCCGUCUUGGAUGACAAGAACUUCCCAUCUUUGGGUUAA